UCCGGAACGAUGUUUGAGUACAAUUCGAUCAUAUUUUACGAACGAAUAGUAAAUAGUAAAAACAACUAAAAAACCAUGUUCAAGUUUGUGACUUUGUUUGCUCUUGUGGCUUGUGCUUUCGCUGCACCUGCACCAGCACCAGGAUACGCUGCCGGACACAUCGUCGCUGCAUCAGUCCACCCUCAGACCUACGUUGCUGCACCAGCAGUCCAAGCAACUUACGUCGCUGCACCAGCAGUCCAUGCAUCGUAUGUUGCUGCACCGGCUGUUGCCUACCAAUCAGCACCGCUUACAACAUACGCUCACGCUGCUCCAGUAGUUACUGCCUACCACACUCCAGCUGCAAGCAGCCACCAACAGACCACUCAAAUUCACAAAUCAGAAGCAAUUGUCACUCAACCAAUUGCUCAUCUCACUGCCUACCAUGCUGCUCCAGCCUACGCUUACUACCACUAAUCAACAAUGAACCUGGCUCCAUAAAAAAAUUAUAUUUCAUAUAUAUUUUUUUGAAUUCUGUAUGAUAUGAAUCAAAAUUUAUGAAUAAAAGAAUAUUUGAAUUU